AAGGAAGAAAUGUCCUUAGAAGAAUCCAAAAUAAUGCUACCCUUAGAGAAACCACAUAAUUUCACCCAACUACACUUUUAUUUCCAUGACAUCCGAAAUAGUGAAAAUCCAACUACACUAAAAAUUAUCAAUCCACCUAGCAAUUCUCAUGCUACUUUUGGAGAAACUUUUAUUAUAGAUAGCCCUUUAACUGAAGAACAAGAUUUAAGUUCAAAGGUUAUUGGAAGAGCUCAAGGAACCUAUGCAUUGGCUUCUCAACAAGGUGAUUUUGCUUUGAAGAUGGAUAUUAAUUUUGUUUUUAUUGAGGGUAGCUACAAAGGGAGCACAAUUACUAUGCUUGGAAGAAAUGUUAUUGUGGAUGAAGUUAGAGAAAUGCCAAUUGUUGGAGGUACUGGUGCCUUUAGGUUUGCAAGGGGUUAUGCUUUGGCAAAGACUGUUUGGUAUGAUCAUGCAUCUGGAAAUGCUAUUGAGGAAUUCAAUGUUAGCAUUUACCAUUUCUAAAUACUAUCUUGUAUUUUUUUUUUGUCAAGUAUCAUAAUGACUAUAAAUUUCACCAUUGAGGUGGAUAAGUGAGGUGUCCAGGUUUCGAUCUUCGACAUCUACAUAUAUAAUGCAAUGUUCCGACUAUUUUGUAUGUUUUAACAUUCAUGUUAUGGACAAGGUCAA